AUGCCGAUAACAGACGCUGACAAAGUCGAAGCUGAGCGUUUCUUUCACAUUGCAGAGGAAGCAUACAGGAACGGUGACUUGGAAAAGACUGAAGAAAACUUAGUGAAAGCAAAUGAACUAUUUCCAACUGAUUAUAUCAAAGGUAUCAUUGCGAUAAUACGUAAACAACGUAAUAAUGACGUUUCUAAUAAUGCUGAACCUCCCGAAUAUACCAACGAACAGUUGGAAGCUGUUAAUAGAGUGAACAAUAGCAACGAUUAUUAUGAAAUUUUAGGCGUUGACAAGACAGCUACGGACGCCGAAAUUAAGAAUGCCUACAAGAAACUGGCAUUACAAUUACAUCCAGAUAAAAAUCGUGCCCCUGGUGCUCUUGAAGCUUUUCAGAUAUUGCGCAAUGCUGCUGAUAUUCUAGAAGAUUCGGAAAAACGUAAACUAUACGAUGCACGGAGAAUCCAAGCAGAGAAGCAGAGUCAAGCUGAAGAAUCAGAUAGUCUUAUUUCAAACCCUUGGGUCUGGAUUGGCGGAACAAUUGUUUUCUUAUCAGUUGGUUAUCUUUUGAAGCGUUCAUUCGAAUCAAAACCAGCCGAAGGAGAUCGUCGUGACCGAGCUGAAACAGGAAGGAGCAUGAGAAACGAAACACCUCUACGUAAUGGAACAAAAAAAUAA